CGACCAUCAUCGACACACCACACCCCAUCUCACCACUCUCACACUUGUUGGCAACAUGAUCCGCCCCGUCCUCCGCACCUCUGUCCGCGCCGCCCGCACCUUCUCCACCGAGGCCGGCGCCGCCGGUAACGACUUUGUUGCCCAGCGCGCCGCCGUCAAGGCCCACGCCAAGGACACCACCGCCCUCUGGCGCAACAUCUCGUUCUUCGCCUGCAUCCCCGCCAUCAUCGGCGGCUCGUUCUGGGCGUACAAGCUCGAGGCCGACCACCACCACCACCUCGAGCACCUCAAGGAGGAGAACGGCGGCGAGCUCCCCCACCCCCCGGCUUACGAGUACCUCAACAUCCGCAUCAAGCCCUUCCCUUGGGGCAUGCAGUCGCUCUUCUUCAACCCCGACGUUAACCAGAAGGUCGAGAGCGCUUAAGCGACAAAAUCUGCUAAUCGAAUGCAUGGAUCAAAGGCUG